GUUGGAGUAUCGCAAAGGUUACUUUGUUCACAUUUGUUAAGGUAUGGCGCUCUGUGGCUGUCUGGGGUACAUCAUUGGUACCUUGCGUGAGAGAGUCUAAAUUUUCGGGGAUUUGCAACGAUUCCAAGAUCCCGCCUUUUUGCUUUUUACGACUUCAUCUCCUCAUCUUUUGUGGCGUCGAGCUAGCCGUGUAUUUUCCGGCCAAGAUUUCUACCCCUCGUGAACGUCGGUGACAAAGUUCCUGUCACUUCCAAUUUGAGAUGAGGCUUCGUCGUUCAACAUGAAAUUUGCCAAAGAGCUAGAACAGGAGCUUGUUCCUGAAUGGCGGGCAAAGUAUCUCGACUACAAGACCGGCAAGAAGAAAGUCAAAGCGAUCACUCGCGCCCUCCAGAAGGCACACCGCAGUCCUCGCGUACCCUCCUACCCACAGUCCACCCCGCAGGCUCGCGGCGCAGCACAAUUUCCUUUCACGCCAUCGAAUACCGAUAAAGCGCUGGAUGCGACAGAGGCACAUAGCCCAUCGACCCCGCGAGGUGGUACGAAGUCGCCGUCAGUGACACGGUCUACGCCGAUUCCCCGAAGCGAGCGACAGCCACUCCGCACGCCGGGAUCACGAUUUUCGGAACACGUUGGUAGCUAUGGGAGUAUACUCGCCACACCACCGCAUCAUGGAGCAGCAUCCGAUACAGCCUCGUUUGAGCUGCCAGACCCAGCGCUCGAUCCCGAUGAGGAAUAUAUGCCACCUGAGGAAAAUAGAGACAGACCCAGGACUGUCAAGACGCCAUCGCCGGUGAUGGACCGACAUGCCACUUUUGAUACAUCGCCUUCACAGCCUAUGCCAGAUAGUCCCCCGGUGGAGCGGAGGCCCGAGUUGGAGCACCGGCCGAGUUAUCAAAGCCCCUUGAGUGGCGCCUUGACGAGAGUGGCGUCGACUAAGCGAGGAUCUCAUCUCCUGCGACGAGUAUUUUCCAACACGGAGGUCGAGACUGGUGGGAAGCGAUCACAGCCAGAUGGCUCAGAGCUCGACAAGCGGCAAGAUGAAUUCUUCGAAUUUCUGGAUAGUGAGUUGACUAAGAUCGAUUCGUUCUAUCAGAUGAAGGAGCAGGAAGCCACAGAAAAGCUUCGCAUUCUUCGUCAACAGCUGCAUAUCAUGCGUGAUCAGCGUAUACAAGAGGUCCUUAGAGCUAAGAGAGCAGCCAAGGGCGACGGCCCAGAGGCCCAGCAACGGCCGAACGGGUUCGUGAAACUUAACAGUCACCGACUGAAGGACACGCUUGUUGGAAAGAGUCGCUUUGGUAAGAACUCAGAGGCACUGGCUGAGAUGGCUACCCCUGGCAUGAACGCCCAGGACCGGGAGUUCAUUUCCAACCGGAGGGAUUUCAUGCGAAGACAGGACUCGCCCAGCCAGGAAGUGCCAUAUCGCUCUGCGAAGCGCAAGCUCAAGCAUGCGUUGCAAGAGUUCUAUCGUGGGGUUGAACUCUUGAAGGGGUACGCGUAUUUGAACCGGACGGCUUUCCGGAAGAUUAACAAGAAGUACGACAAAGCGGUCAACGCCCGCCCACCCUUGCGUUACAUGUCCGAAAAGGUCAAUAAGGCGGCUUUUGUGCAGAGUGAUGUGAUUGAGAGCUUGAUGGUCGCCGUUGAGGAUUUAUAUGCCCGUUAUUUCGAGCGUGGCAAUCACAAAAUUGCUGUCUCGAAGCUUCGUCACACUAUCAAGAAAUCGGGCGAUUAUUCCCCGAACACUUUCCGUUCUGGUCUUUUGUUGAUGGGAGGAACUCUCUUUUCUAUCAAAGGCCUGGUGGAUGCUACACAAAAACUUCGGACAGCGGAGCUCGACAAGCAAGUUCAGACCAGCUAUUUGCUGCAGAUAUAUGGCGGAUACUUUCUGAUCGUGUUUCACGUCUUGCUCUUUUGCAUGGAUUGUAUGAUCUGGACGAAGUCGAAGAUCAACUAUGCAUUCGUUUUCGAGUAUGAUAGCAGACACACCCUGGAGUGGCGUCAAUACCUGGAGAUUCCUUCUUUCUUCUUUUUCUUGAUGGGCCUCUUCAUGUGGCUCAACUUUUCAUGGAUAAAUGAUAUGUACAUUUACUGGCCCGUCGUGCUCAUCGGUUUGACAGUCAUUAUUGUCUUCUUACCGGCCCGUGUUCUAUAUCACAGGAGUCGCAAAUGGUUCGCCUUUUCGAAUUGGCGUCUAUUACUUGCUGGGAUAUACCCCGUCGAGUUCCGUGAUUUCUUCCUUGGCGACAUGUACUGUUCUCAGACAUAUGCCAUGGGGAACAUAGAACUCUUUUUCUGUCUAUACGCCUCCUACUGGGGCUAUCCUCCCAAGUGCAACUCCUCCCACUCUCGACUCCUGGGAUUCUUUCAAUGUCUACCCUCCGUUUGGCGAGCCUUCCAAUGUAUCCGCCGAUACCUGGACACGAAGAAUGCCUUUCCUCAUCUUUUGAACUUGGGCAAGUACAUAUUCGGCGUGCUCUACUACGCCACCCUGAGCAUGUACCGCAUCGACCUCCAAACGCGCUUCCAAGCCUCAUUCAUCACCUUCGCCUUAUUGAACGCCGUCUACACCUCAGUGUGGGACCUGAUAAUGGACUGGAGUCUCGGAAACCCUUAUGCAAAGAACCCGAUGCUCCGUGAAGUGCUCGGCUUCCGUCGGGUCUGGGUCUACUACGUCGCCAUGCUGCUAAACGUAGUCAUCCGCUUCAACUGGAUUUUCUACGCAAUCUUCAUCAAUAAUAUUCAGCAAUCAGCCCUACUCAGUUUCCUUGUCUCCUUCUCGGAAGUCUGGCGCCGCGGCGUAUGGUCCAUCUUCCGAGUCGAAAACGAGCACUGCACUAACGUCCUCCUCUUCCGAGCCUCGCGGGAUAUCCCCCUCCCAUACGACCUCCCAGCAAGAGUCGCCGCCCCUCUCGACGGAUCCCCGGAAGACGUCCAGCUCCAGGAACAGCAACACGCAGCUGCCUCCACACCCUUCAUGUCCCCUGGCGACAUCGAACACGGAACUCCCUCGAUGUCGAGUAUGCGUGCACGCAACCGUCGCCCAUCGGUGGGAAUCGGCCGCGUCGGCACGAUCGUCGCAUCAGCCCAUGCUCAAGACUUCCAGCGCCGUCGCGGACCAACAUAUCUCUCCAGCGCGAGCGUCGGUCGUGACAUGGCACCCGGCGGCGAUGACAGCACAGACGAAGACGAGGAGGGCGAUUUAACUACGGACGAGGACUCGGGGUCAACAGUGAAUGGAAACGAAACGCGCGAGACUGGAAGACCUCACUCUCUCCGACAGGAUGCAAUGAACCGCAUCGUCGAGUGAAUCAAAAGAAAACCAAGAACAA